AUGGUGGAUUAUAACUCCUCAGUGCGCGUUACGCCUGCAGCCGACAAUAAUAAUCAUGGUGACCAAGAAUCAGGAGGAGGGAUGAUGAUGAUGGUGGAGAGAGAGCACAUGUUUGAUAAAGUGGUGACCCCAAGUGAUGUAGGGAAGCUCAAUCGACUCGUGAUUCCGAAACAGCACGCCGAGAGGUAUUUUCCCUUGGAUUCGUCCACGAAUGACAAGGGUCUUCUUCUGAAUUUUGAAGAUAGGAAUGGAAAACCAUGGAGGUUUAGGUAUUCCUACUGGAACAGUAGCCAAAGCUAUGUGAUGACUAAAGGUUGGAGUCGUUUUGUUAAAGAUAAGAAGCUUGAUGCUGGAGAUAUCGUCUCUUUCCAGAGAGGUGUUGGUGGUACUGCGAAAGAUCGGUUGUUUAUAGACUGGAGGCACCGCCCCGAUGCACCUGCUCCUCCCUAUCAUUUAUCAUCAAAUCUAUCAUUUCCACUAUCACAUCAUCAGUUUUCAGUCAACAGAAGCAAUAUCCAUCCUUGGAAUCCACUUUUCUUGCAAUCACAACCAGCACCAUCAAGGAGCCAUUCCAAUUUGAUGCUACAGCCCUCUUCGUAUCGCUAUGGUAACACUAGCAGCCCUUAUCACAACAUAGGUACUGGAAGUGUGGUUAAUGUGAAUCAAGGUGGUUCAGGUUCAGGAUCUGUAAUUUAUUUUAGAUCAGGUGGAGGAGGUGGUAUCCCACAGCAACCACAUCAUGUGGAUAUGAUACAAAUGCACCAAAGGAAUGUGGUAGGAAUUGGAAUGGAUCCACCGGCACCACCACCACCACCACCUCCAUCCGCUUUAGUAUUUGAAUCGGUGCCUGUGGUCCAUGGGAAAGCAGCCGCUAAGCGACUAAGGUUGUUUGGAGUUAACAUGGAUUGCCCCAUCUCAGAUGACGACGAUCAAGACUAUGACCCCGCAAGCGAAAUGUCUCCUACAACGGUUUCUUCAAGUACUCCCACUAAUCCCGUUUCCGUGGGAAAUUACCAUCAUGACCAAUUUUCCCAUCAUCAUCCAUCGUCAUCUUCAACCAUACCAUACCUUCAAUUGAGGUCUUAUGAAGAAGAAUCCCACUUCCAUCAAACCACAAUGAUGUCUUCUUCCUCUAGUGAUGCUUUCAACAAAACCACAAAAUCAUCAUCCUCCCCUAGGACCUUGGAUUUGGAUUUCUGA